AUGGCGCGCGACCACGUCGACGCCUUUUUGCGCGAUGCCGGGUCUCACGAACGCGUUCCUCGAGACCACGAUCUACGUUGCAUCGCGCCUCGAGUUUGCCGCCAGCGGUGUAUUAACGAAGCGCUCGUCUUAAGCAACGUCAUCCAGUCGCGCGUGGUCACGACGCUCGAGGCGCUGGCAAUUACCAACGAACUCGCCUCGAAGCGGUCGGCUCGCGGCACGCAGCUCUCUUGCUUAACCGAGGUCGACCUCCUCGAGCGCAAGACGUCGUAUUUACGCAGCGCCUUGCGAGAGACGGUCGAUGCGAUCGCCAAGACGAUAGUCAACGACGACCGCGCCAUGUACCUCGCCCGCAAAGCGUUUUUGAAGGAGCUGCAGACAACGGGCGAGUGCAUGCAGGAGCAACACCUCGGGUCGCCGCUCCAAGCCCUCGCAAGGAAAAGCCUCGCGUUCGAGUACGACGCCAACGACUUUCGGACGUCGGCGUUCGUCGACUUGCCCGACCUCCCCGGCACGCCCGUCGAGUUUGCCGAGAGCUUGUCGCCGGUGUCCGAGUCGCCUCCUAACCUCCUCCUAGCCUCGUACCCUACCCCCGCCGCCGCUCGCGCUUGA